AUUUACUCACAAAGCUAUAUAUAUACAUCGUGUAUCCAUUUCAAAUAAUACGAGCUCAGUUUGUCUUUCUCUUUAUCUUCGUCGCUGCAAAAGAGAAUGGGAAACUGCUGCUCCGAUGACGGCGGUGGUCGAUCUGCUGUCGGAGGCACAGCUGCUCCUCUUAACAAUCUCUCCGGCGGCCCCAACGAUGCUGUCGAUUACUUCUUGAAGUCUCGGGGAUACCACGGCCUCUUUACUCAGAUCGAGUUAUCAUUAUCUGCAUCAAACGUACAAGAUCAGGAUGUGUUUUCCAAGAGUGACCCCAUGGCGGUUCUUUAUGCAAAAGGAAGAGAUGGAAAACUUGACGAGAUUGGCCGCACUGAAGUUAUAUUAAAUUCAUUAAAUCCUGUGUGGAUUACAAAACAUACAAUAACUUACCAUUUUGAGGUUGUGCAGAGUUUAGUGUUUCGUCUGUAUGAUGUUGACACACAGUUUCACAACGUACCAGUAAAGAUGCUUAGACUGGAUGAGCAACAAUUCAUUGGGGAGGCUACUUGUCCCUUGUCUCAGAUAGUUACUAGACCAACUCGUUCAUUGACACUAAAUAUUGUACAUGGAGAGGAAUUUGCUGGAUCUGCACAUCACCGAAACUUAGGAGAACUAACUGUUCGGGCUGAAGAAUGUGUAGGGUCAAAGACUACAGCAGAGAUAGUCUUACGGUGCACAGAUCUAGAAAAUAAGGAUCUGUUCUCAAAAUCUGACCCCUUUUUGGUAAUAUCGAAAAUGGUGGAGAGUGGGAGCCCUAUUCAAGUUUGUAAGACACAAGUAAAAAAGAAUGAUCUCAAUCCAACAUGGAAGCCAGUAUUCUUGAAUAUGCAGCAAGUUGGAAGCAAGGACACUCCGUUAAUUGCAGAAUGCUUCAACUUCAAUAGCAAUGGAAAACAUGAUCUUAUUGGAAAACUUCAGAAAUCAUUGGCAGAGUUGGAGAAGCUUCACAGUUGUGGGGUGGGAGAAAAUUUAAUGUUUCCAACUGCUGUUGGACAUAAUUGCUCCAACAAGGCAUUAAAUAGCAAGCUAUAUGUGGACAAAUAUUCUGAGAGUGUUCAACAUACUUUCUUGGAUUAUAUUACUGGUGGUUGUGAACUUAACUUCAUGGUGGCUAUUGAUUUUACAGCUUCAAAUGGAAACCCUCGCCUCCCAGAUUCCUUGCAUUAUAUUGACCCCUCAGGCCGGCCAAAUGCAUAUCAGAGAGCAAUCUUGGAGGUUGGAGAGGUGUUGCAAUUUUAUGAUUCAGAUAAGCGCUUUCCUGCCUGGGGUUUUGGAGCUCGACCAAUUGAUGGACCCGUCUCUCAUUGCUUCAACUUGAACGGAAGCAAUUACCACUGCGAGGUUGAAGGUAUCCAAGGGAUCAUGAUGGCUUACACAAGUGCCCUUAAUAAUGUAUCCCUCGCAGGGCCAACCCUAUUUGGGCCAGUGGUUAACAGUGCUGCUUCAAUAGCCAGCCAUUCACUGGCAAAUAACCAAAAUAAGUACUUUGUUCUACUAAUAAUCACGGAUGGUGUAAUAACAGAUCUUCAAGAAACAAAAGAUGCCCUGGUGAAGGCAUCAGAUCUGCCAGUGUCAGUUCUCAUUGUUGGAGUUGGUGGGGCUGACUUCAAAGAAAUGGAGGUAUUGGAUGCCGAUAAAUGUGAGAGGCUUGAAAGCUCGACUGGACAGGUUGCAUCACGUGAUAUAGUGCAGUUCGUUCCAUUUCGGGAUGUGCAAAGUGGAGAAAUAUCAAUUGUUCAGUCCCUUCUUGCUGAAUUGCCUGCACAAUUUUUGACCUAUAUGCGGACAAGAGAGAUUCUCCCUCACAGCUGAUUAUCUUCGAAUUGUACAGACACAUUUCCUUUUCUGCUUGCACAUCAUUUUCAAUGCCCCACGUUAGCAUCAUCCCUCCAUGCAAAAACAAAGCUAUGGGUUUUGUUUUUUUUUUUUGGGGGGGGGGGGGCGCGGGGGAGGAGGAGAUAAGGGUGUUUAUCAGUUUUUUUUGUGUUUCGGUUCAAGAUGUAAUGGACAUAAAUCGAAACCGAACUGAUUAACCGGUUU